GUUAAAGCCCUUGUGUAGAAAACGGUCUGGAAGGGAGGAGAUUGUCUACAAACCGCUUGGAGCCCUCAAAAGAACCAGAAAGAGGUGCACAUCGGAAGGCUCAGACAGUGAUAAUGACCUGUUUGACGAGGUUUCCAUGGCUCCAAGGCGGUGUAAAAUGACAGUGACUGAUCUGACCAAGGUUGCCAUUAGUGAACAGCCUCAUAGCCCUAAAAAAGAUUCCCAUGAUACGGACCAAACAUUUUCCCUUAUAGAGCUCUGUCCCGCCACACACUCAUCCAAUUACAUGGACUGCACAGAAUCAAAUGAUGACGAUGAUGAUGAUGCCGAACAACCUCCUAUACCUCAACCAUUCGGUGUCGCACCACCUUGCACAGAAAUGCCAUGCUCAAAACUGACUCAGUCGGACUCGUCCCAAUCCAAAACAGCUCUGCCUUGUUGGGAAAGGUUCUUCAAGGUGGAACCAGUGUUGACGGAUGAGAGCGAACUGGAUAACAGUCAGAACAGCCACAACACUCAAACGCUCUCCACCGAAAGCACAGCGUCCCAGUCACCCGAGCCGUUUCAGGAUGAAGAUGAGGAUGACAGCAGCUCCGUUCACUUGACUUCCUCGCAGUCCACUCAUAUAUCGGAUGCAGGGACAGAGGGCCUCAGUCAAAUAAACGCUGUUCUCGUCCAAGUGGAUGAAAGUAAGGCCAUUACUAGUGAGCAGUGUAACCGAGGGACCAAUGGUGAGGUGGUGAGCAGCCAUAACGUCGAACCUAAGAAGGAAGAAGCCGUGGAGCCGAAAUCAGACUCACAGGUAUCAUCAGAUUUUGAGCUUCCACCAACACCAGGUUCCAAAGUUCCACAACCAGAAGACCUGAAAGAACUGUACAGGAAGUUGGCAGCAGGGGAGGAAGUGGUCAUUAGACAGAUUUUUUGAUUUCUUGUUUGUUCACUUGAAUAUAAAUUUUUGGUUUGUUGUAUGACAGCUUACCUCAUGAAGUUUUGUAUCUUUAUAAAUGCUCAAUAUUUUGAGUUAAUAAAUUAAA